UGCCGCAAAAUACGUUUCUGCCUCUUUUUGGUUAUACACUUCCCGUGGGCGGACAGCAACUCUCCUGAACGGACAGAUAAUUUUAUUCUUCUUUAAUGAGGAUUUUAGGGAGUCCUUGUUACCUUUUGCUUCUUGAUUCUUCUUAGACUGUUCAUAGACCCUCCUUGUGAAUUGAAAUGAAAGAAUGCCACCACACAGAGCCGUUGGACCGCGGAUAUUGUUGACCGUAGAACAGAAAAUCGAACUGAUUGAGGCCCAGGAACGGGAACAGCUAAGCGUGAGAGAGCUGGCGAAAAGGUAUAAUAUUGGAAAGACCCAGGCCUCGAAAAUCAUUCAAAAUAAGGAAGAAAUCAGACUGGAACUGAAGAGUGGUAAGAUGCAUAGGACCCAGAAACGACGGAAUCCCCUGUCCCAGCAGGGAUCUCACAUAGACGAACUGUGUUUCGAAUGGUUCACCAUGACCAGGAGCGAUGGGAUGCCCCUGAACGGCGAGAUAGUCCGCGAAAAAGCGAGGGAGCUGGCCGAGCAGGCUGGCUACUCCGGAUUUACGGCCUCCGCCGGAUGGCUGCAGAAGUGGCAGAAACGCCACAACAUAUCGUACAACCCGAUGGAUGACAGCCUGGUUAUGCAGCCAUUCGAGGCGGUUCUGGUGAAGAGUGAACCCAUAUUGCCGGACGAUGACUGCUCCGCCAGCAGUGUCAUCCGUCCCAUCUUCACCAUCGACGAGGCUAUGAUGCAGCUGUCCCGUCUGAAGGAAUUCGCCAAAGAUGACUACAUAUCCUACCAGCAACUGCACAGUCUGGAAAAUCAAUGGAGUUGGAAGUGGAACAACAUGAAGAAGGAAGUUCCCUGACAUCCAUAAUCUCUCCCAGUUGUUGUUCGAGCCAAAGUAGUUUUAUUUAUAGGGUACUUUAUUGAAAAACCAUAUAUAAAUGUAAAUAAAUAAAUACACAUGCGUCUGGAACUAACCUAAGCUUCGAAAUAAAGUUAAGAAACUCAUAGACCAA